AAGUGGGGUCUUAGAAAGAGAGAGGAAAACUUUAGGGUGAAUGAAAGAGACAAGAGUGUGAAGGGGAAUGGGUUUACCUGUUCUGCAGAUUAGGCAACAGAAAUAUGCAGAGAUUUAAACAUCAAAAAACAUAAUUAUGAGAGGGAUGUUUUAUUUAAGAGUGCCGGCCCAAACACUACAGUGAGAGAUGUUUUCAUCUGCUCCUAAUAUGUUAUAUGGAUCUGACAGUCCCUCCAUGUUCCUCUAAUAGAUUUGCAAUCAUAUCCCAAAUUGCUUGGCAACCCUGUCAGGUUCUAUCACCGAGGUUCACAAGGGAUUAAUUGUUUGCAAGAGCUGAGCAUGCAAAAAACAAAGGUAAGCGGAAGUUGUUUUCAUGACGACUUCAUUAUUCUAAUUAAUUUAAAAUUAAAUGUAUUGUUUAUUUGUCAACUAGAAAUUGAUGUCUGCUACAAUAAGUAUAAGUAUUGAGGUUGUAGGGUUUUAUUUUUUACUAUGUUAAUCAUUUCAACUUUCAUUUUAAUGGACGAUUUCUUUUUGGCAAUUUUCAUUCAUCCAGAAAGUUUCCUUAAAGUCUGAAGCAGAGUUUCCAUUAAAGCCACUAAGUAGACAGGUGCUUUAUACUGUUGCAAUAAAGCCACAUAAAACCUAUGAAGAUGAAUAUGUUGCAAAAGCAAGCAAUUUUUGAACACAUAUAGAUAAAUGAAUAAAUAAAUAUCAUUCUAUAGAUGUGAUUAUUUCUUUUACAAUUUUCUCUGAUUGCUUCAGGUAACCCACCCAAUAAAUAAUAUUUAAACUACAGUUGCUCAGUUGUCCGGUUUGGUAAUAGUAUAUAACGCUCUAUUAAACUUGUCUCCAUGUAUGUCUGCCCUCGUCUGACUCAUUUCACAGAAAAGGUAGAAGGAAAAAAAGAUGAUUCACUUCACCUGAUUAGGGGUUUGGGUUUUUAUUUUUGCAACGUAUUUGUCAUCACAGAAUGCAAUAGUUGUCUAAUGCACUGAACUUCACACAACAGGUGGUCAGGGUGAAAGGAAAGAAUCAUCUCACACACCACCAUUGCAGUGCACAAAAGUGAAAGUGUGUGAAUAGAGGAUUAUUUACAUAACCUGUUUUUGUGUCUCCUGUGUUGUUGACAAACAACAGGCACAAAAUGAGAUCGUGGAUACAAAAGAAAAUGAAUAUAAAGUAUAGAAAAAAGUGCACACACAACUUUGUUGCAAGUAGACAAAAGAAGCCUUACUGCUCCAUUAAACACAGAGACUGUUUUGUGAGUAUGUAAACACUUUUGUUCUUUAACUUGUUUUUCUCCUCUAAAUCUGGGUAGGUGGGCUUAUUCAAGUACAGACUAAUGGGUGAUUAGUAUCUUACUGUAUGCCAGUAUGUUACCAUUUUAAUGUCGCUGUGAAAAAAAAGGAAGAUAGAUCAUAGCAUGACGCCUAGCAUAAUCAUCAACACAAACACAUGCAAAUGUGUCAUAGGCAUUAUAAAAGAUAGAUGUGACACUUUACUUUCCAGACUUUUAAACUAAAUCAUCAGCACUUUGGCUGAUGCUAUGUUGAUGUUUUUUGAAAGAUAAAAGUUGCCUUAUGUGGAUGAAAAGGAAUGCUAAGUUAUCAGCUGGCGCUAGUAGCACGUAUUCAAAUUCAAACUGUAUGGGUAUGGCACAGAGAGAGAGACAUAUCAGCUACUUAGAGCUAAGUAGUGGAUCAAUAAAAUAGAAUUUCACGUACCAAAUCUGAAGCACAAAAUUCUUUGAUGGUCCAUACCACACAGAAAUAAUAAUCAGGCAGUGCUUUAAAAGGGUGCAGUAGCACACACAAAACAGAGACAUGCAUAUACUUAAAGUAGUGUUUGAGGCCGAACACUGAUCAGGACAACUGUUAGUCAAUGUGGCUGGCUGUAAACAUGCAUUUUAAUAAUCUCUGUUUGGGCAUUUUAUAUGGAUUUACUGAGUUUUAGAGGGAGCCUCAAGUAGCAGCUAGGGGAACUGCAUUUUUUUUUCUUUUGCAUCCACUUUUUUUUCCUUUUUUUUAAUCUCCAGAUUUCACCCUUUGAUAUUCUCACAAUGACAAAUUUGCUUAUCUCCCACUAACACCUAGUGAGAGCUGUCACCUUGAGAGGCAUCUCUUACUACCAAAAAUGUCAAGGUUGGCAAAUUCCUCUGUUUACCUUGGCAAGAUGCCUAAGAUCCCAGACCCCUCCCAGAUGUUUGCCAAUGUGUAGAGCCAUAUUUAUUUGUCUGAUUGCUCACAUGUUGGCCUCUGUGCAAGUUUCUGUCUGAGUGCUUGUGUGUCUGUGCAACUCUUUUUCUCACACAUACCCAGUGCAGAAUUCAGACAAUCAAGAAAAUAGCACAGAGAUGGGUAAAUAAACCCAUUCUGUUGGACUGUCUCUCCAAGCAGUGUUAUCAUCUCACUUCACCUGUGGCUAAAGAGACAUAUACCUGUCAAAUGCUACACUUUCAGACACAAACAUUAUACAUUACACAGGCAUAAAUACAUACAAGACUUCACAUAUCCUCUGUGCAAAUGUGUACAUGUAUAUAUCAACAAGUGCUGUGUGAUGUCAUCUACAAUGACAAUAGUCAGCGAGCCAACACACCCUGAUGAACCUUUUCAUGCACACUGGUAUGUCGGAGUUAAGAUGCCAUUUCUCGUAUUCCCGUGAUCCUCCCUCUGGUAGAACAUGACUGUUCUUGUUUUCUGUGUGUGUAUUGCUGUGGAAAUGUGUAUGAGAGACACAUAGUACUCAGCUUCCUUUGACUUGAGCCAAAGUAGAAAAGAGCUACUUAUCAGGAAGGAUUAAAAACAAAUUAAGAUGGAUUUAGACCCUUUAAAUGACUCUAGCUUCAAUCAGUUGGGUGAAGAGGAGGAACGUGCUGACAUUUUGCCCUGUCAGAAAUGGCAAACCUUGUGACAUCGUUGUGCUGUGUAGUUCUGGCUGCAGUGGUGGUAGCCUAUCCUCGCAAUGCUGAUAGGAUCCAGUAUGGACGAAUAGGCAGUGAUGUCACCAUGCAGUGUGGCUCCCUGGACAAUGAUGCAUCAGUAUCAUGGAAGAUGAAUGGGACAUAUGUGAAGGCCCAGCACAGUCUAGAAGGCCCCAGACUGAUCCUGACUAACGUGUCCCUGAACCAUACUGGACUCUACACUUGUUUUCAGAAGCAAGAUGAUGACAAACAUGAAGCCAUCUUUCUCCAAAUUGGAAUUCCCCCUCUGGAGCCUACUAUCACCUGUAGGUCCAACACCUACCCUCAAGGUUUUUACUGCAGCUGGCACCAGCAGCAUUCAACGUACAUCAACACUACAUUUGAUGUGGAAGUACAACAUAACCAGCGUUCACUCGAGGUGAAGAAAGAUUUGUUCCACAAGAACCGCUGCCAUGUACGCUUCCCAGAGGUUUUCUCCAGCUUCCCCUACAAAGUUAAUGUAACAGCCAUCAAUGCUUUGGGGAAAGCUUCUGCCACUAAAACUUUUGAAGAGUCCACUAUAGUAAAGCCAGACCCCCCGGAACGUGUGACAGCGACCCCGAUCCGCUUCAACCCUCGGAGACUGGAGGUAUCCUGGCACAGCCCCGCCACGUGGCCUGACAUAGAUAACUUCCCUUUAAAGUACUUCCUUCGAUACCGGCCGCUCAUCCGAGAGCAGUGGCAGCAUGUGGAGCUAUCUGACACUACAUCCCAUAACAUCACUGAUGCCUACGCUGGGAAGGAGUACAUCAUCCAGGUGGCUGCCAAGGACACAGAGAUUGGAACAUGGAGUGACUGGAGUGUUGCUGUCCAUGCUACACCCUGGAUUGAAGAACCCGUGCCAGUUGUUUCCACAACUGAAGUGGAAUUUCAUACUGAGACUAAGACCUCCCCCAUGCCAUGCUCCAACGCACCACAGAAGGCUGAACCUCCAGUGGGAGGAGCUGCCACGGUCAUCACAUUUUUCUCCCGUUUGCUGUUAGGAAUGCUGCUGCUGCUGCUUAUGUGAUGUGAAUGUGUUAUUGCUGAAGGCUGAUGUGAAGUAGGAGGACAAAGAAGAAGAAGGAGGAGGCUGGUAUUUUUUCCUGUUUUGCACAUGUUUCAAGGAUACAGUGCAUUGAUCAUUUCGGUCCAUCACACAGUUACUCACCAAAAUUAUUCAGACAUUAGACAACGAUAAUGUGACUCAGCAUUUUUGGAUUAUUUGAUUUGCUGACAAAAAAACCCAAGAAAAAUCUACAGAGGAACUUUGGAAGAUUGUCAUCGGUAUCAUCACCAACAGCAACUGCAGCGACCUGAGAGGCAAACACCAAAACAAGAUUAUUGUCUUACAUUACCCCCUGGUGGAUUUGAUGAGCCACUUUAAACUGAUUUGUCUCAGUUGGGUUUUAGAGGCUCCUCUUCGGCAACAGAAUCAAGGCCACAGCUGACAUCUCUUUUGACCUUUUUUUCUUCUUUUUUGUACUCACUUUCUUCUUAAGUCGCAGUGCAGUGCAGUACACACACACACAGACACACACACACACUGAUAUAGGGCACGUGUAUUUGUGUGUAUACUUACAGCCCCUUAUACAGCUUAAUCAUCAUGCCAAAGACUCCACUACACCCCCAACAAAGUGGUUCCCACCCAAGUCAUUGAGCUUCCUGAAGCCUGUGCCUGUCUUCAUCAUGGGAUGAAACCCCCAGAUAGUUGGGCGUGCGCACGUGUAUGCGUGACAUCUAAUGGAUGCUGAAACCCAUUACAGGAAUCAAACUGGGGACAAAGCCCUGCAGCCCAUGUUUGUGUCAACCCGCCAGUUAACAAAGAAGUCACAAAUUUAUUCAGUCAGACUCUGAGUCUGCACAUCUCCAACAACUGACAGAGCAGAGUGUUGUUUGUUGUUUUUUCUUUUUGUUUGUUUUUGUUUUUGUUUUUUCAACAAGAGGACUAACACUUUGGAGAAGUCAAUAACCAUAGUCUGGCUUAUUUACAGUUAGCUUUACAUAGAGCUUUGAGAAACCGGCAAGGACGACCUGAACUGUAAAAAAAAACAAACCUAAAAGACAACAAAAAAACCAACAAAAAAUAAAUGAAAUAAAGUGGAUUUGAGACUGAACCAUUCUUUCCCCACCGUUGUUUUUUAUUUUGGGGUUGACUUUGUAUUGAUGGCAGCCAAGCUGGUUACUGGAACUCUGAUACAAGCUAUGUUGGUUUUCCAUUCUGCUCUGUGCUGUAAAAUACAGUAACACAAAUCAGUUUGCUGUCUGACUUCUGACGCCUUUACAAACAUUAGAAAUGUCUUUUUGCAGUUUACAUUUCAAUAGCCAAUAUCAGUUACCAGUUAAUAUUAUGUUAUUCACAGGAAUCUUGAAGUGUUUAUUGUAUUUUUUAUGGACAAAUAAUAAAAAGACGCAUAUAGGAGUUUAGUUUUUUUUUCCAGACAUUCUUAAUGGCUUAAUUCUCUUUGAUCCUAUUUUGUAAACUAUGAUACAGUAUGUAACUUUAACAAUGAACAAAAAGUUUAUUAUUUAAUAAUAAUGUAUGUAUUAGCCGUAGAAUGUCGUAACCUGUACCUGGGGUCUUUUUUAUAGAUGUAUAUACAAUGACAGGUUUCAACCAUUAAAUGUGACCAUUUCACAAUGAAUUACGA